CCCUGCCUGCUAACUUCAUCCGAGCCAAGGAGCCUCACGUUUUCUCACCGUGACCUCGGACUGUUGCUGAGUCGAUGCGCGCCUUACAGCUUUAUUUGUCAUUCAAGUCGGGAAAAUUGUCACACACACACAAAUUAUACCGAAGCGUUUAGUUGUUUAUCCGCGUUUCUGUCGACUCGUUUACCGGAAACGCAGCCGCACGAGCGGAGGACAUGGCCGAAAUCGAGGAGCUUUCCCCCGCUGGCGCUGCGGGCCCGGUGUCCAUCCGGGCUCCCGAGGACGAGAUAGACGACGAUGAAGACGAGGACCUGGAUGAGACGCUGGCAGAGAGGCUGUGGGGCCUGACGGAGAUGUUCCCCGAGACGGUGCGGACAGCCGCGGAGGUCUCUGCGCAGUGCUCCGUUUCCCUGCUCAAGAAGUUCUACAGCUUUUCCCGCUCUGCUCUGUGGGUGGGCACCACCUCCUUCAUGAUCCUGGUGCUGCCGGUGGUGUUCGAGACGGAGCGCCUGCAGCUGGAGCAGCAGCAGCUGCAGCAGCAGAGACAGAUCCUGCUGGGACCCAACACCGGGAUGUCCGGGGGCAUGUCGGGGAUGAUGCCUCCCGCGCCCGGCAAGAUCUGAUGAGCGUGACGACGGCGUGCCACGGGGAUUUGCUGCCAGGGCAUCCGGCGGGGGGCGCUAAGAGGAGAGGCAGAGAAAAGCGGCAGCAAAGCUGCGCCGCCGCCGCCGCAGAAGAAUCACUUCAACAUGUGGUGGGGUUGUUGGAAGACGGCGUGACGCCUGAUUCUCACCGUCUCCUCUUGAUCCCAGACGUGCAGAGACUGGUCUCCGGGAAGCCCCUGCUUCAGUUCAUUUCCUUUAAAAAAAAACAAAAAAACAACAGUGUUUGUAACAUGUUUAGGUUCUGAAGAGGUUUGAUUGUUGUUUGUGUUUGUCUGAGGAGUGUUUUCAUGUUUUCUUUGUGGGUUUUUUUCUACUUCUUUGUUAAUAAUGUCAGUGAUGUUCCAAAAACCAGGCUGCUCAAAGAAACCUCUGGGUUUUACGAGGAAAACAACCGUUUCCCGUUUUUCUGCCUCUGCUUUUGUCGCAUUUCACUUCUUAACGGCAAUGCGAAUGUUCUGUUUUUCUGCUGUAAACAUCGAGUACGAGAAUUCAGCUACAAGAUUGUCAAAUUAAGACAAUGUGAAACUUAAAAAUGAAAGUAUUUAUCACUGCGAAGGUCCUGUCUGCCCCCAUGGCUAUUUGUGCAUCACUUGACAUUCUCACAUUCAAAUGUCUCUCCCAUGACUGCAAACAUUAAAAAAAACCUAAAACAGAA